GCAGCGGAGGGUCGUCCUCGUCGUGCGCGUCGGCCUCGCAGCGAGCCGUCCUCGACGACUUCGACGAGGAGGACGUGGCCCGCUACGAGGGCCACCGGACGGAGGAGGACAUCGCCAAGUGCCGCCGGACGCAGGAGAAGAUCCGCGCCCUCCGCGAGAAGCAGGACCAGCUCAAGAGGGAGCUGGAGGCCGCCAAGAGCCGCCUCAUGAUCGAUAAAUCCAGGUGGAGCUUCGAGUUGCACGUUGAGGAGGCGAUGACCUGGCGGGACGACGGCUACGUGGAGGCGCUUCAGCAGGAGACCAUCAUCCUGGCCAAGCGCGUGAUGGCCGCCCGCAGCCGCCUCCUGCUGUCCACCUGCUUCGACGCCUCGCCCACGCUGCAGGACCACCCGGGCUUCGGCGAGGCGGUGGCGGGGGCGGCGGAGGCCGACGGGCUGGAGGACCUGUCGGUGAUCGAGGAGGAGGAGGAGGACGGCGCGGGGGGCGACGCGGCCUCGGCCUCGGGGGAGACCUGCUGGGGCGGGGCCCCUCGCAUCAAGGGCCUCUCCGAGAUGGAGUCGAGAAGUUACUGGGCAGCCCUGAGGCGCACGCAAGAGGACGCGGGAGGCGGCGACGGCGGCGCGCGAGGAGCGGAGCCCGAGGCCGACAGAGCGGAGACGAGGAAGAGGCCCGACAAGGGGGAGACGAGCGACAGCGACCGAGGCCAGGGCCUGGAGGCCGUCGGCAGGAGCGACAGGAUCGAGUCCGUGGUCAAGAUUAGCGAGGGCUUCAACGUGGAGGACUGGAGGCGCCUGAAGGAAUCCUUCAUCCUCUGACUAGGGGUCCCCAGCGACGCAGCUCUCCUCACGGUCUUCAUAACACAUAUCCUCAACCGUAGUCGACACGAGAGCUUCCUUCACACUCUCGCCGUGUUAUUUAGUCAAUUGUCAAGUCAGUGUUCCAGAAGUAGAGCCUCCUCAGCCUCCUUUCCUCGCUGUCCAGCCUCAGCCCAGACCACCCGACCCAACCCCGCAAAAGCCCCUUUGUUGUCUCUGCAGGUUUAGUGAUAGUGAAGAAGCUACCGCAUAUACUUCAUACAUAUAUAUAAUCCUAUGUAUACCAGGGGGAGGUUUUUUCGAUGCCCAUACACAGACUCAGAGACUUAGAAAGAAAGCGAGAGGGUUUGAUAUCAAUGGGUUUCGUAAAGCGCACAAGUUUUUGGAUGAUAUACUCCAUAGAUUUGCAUGACUCAAGCAGAGGAGCGAUGAUGGAACACGGAUUGUGUGAGUGACCCCUGUAAAAUUAUAAAUCGUUUUCUAUUAUCCUAAUAAUAUGGCAUUUUAUUUGACUUUUUUCACUAUAAAACAUGUAAUGAGUGAAAAAGAUGCUACAUUUAUAUUUGUGGAAUAUUUAUAUAUAUACAGUAUAUCUAUACAUAUGUAAAUUAAGAGACAGAGAUGCUGAACUAACGCAUGUUUGGAGAGGAAAAAAAAAAAUAAAACAUAGGCUGAUUAGGAAACAGAAUUAUAUUAAUUCUGCAGAAUAAUUGUGCCUUGUACAUAGCAUGGAACAAGAGUGGAAGAAGUGAUAUUGUGUAAUUUUAUGUAUAAAAAAGAUGAAAAAAAAUAGAUUCCCUCAUCCCCUUAAAAAAAUAUAUAAAAUUCAAAAAAGCAAAAACAAAAGAAAAAAUUAAUAAGUCAAUAAUUUUUAUUUGAGAAAAGGAAACACCAUAGCAUAAGAUGGCGUGUGUGUGUGUUUGUGUGCAUGUGAGGGUAUAGUGUUCAGAAGGAAAUCGUGGGUAAGAAAUGGAAGAAGGAAGAGAAGAAGAAGAAGAAGAGGAAGAAGAAGAAGAAGAAGAAGAAGAAGAAGAAGAACAU